AAAGUGACGCAUAUGGAAGCACGGUAAGUAUUCUAUUUGGGAGAAUGGAACAAUGGCGAUGGACAUGGGGGUCUUAACACAAUACGAAAUUUUGUCACGUAACUUUUCAAAGCACGAAGGAUGGGGGAGCCGUUGUCGAGUUUGGAUUCAAGAGCACUUUGGAAAACAAAAAGGCAGUGGCACAGGAAAUCGUGCAUAAAAUUGAAGAGCAUAUGAAGGCAAACAAUGUAGUCGCAUCAUUCAAUCUACAGCAAAUUCGGGCAUUCUUGGUCAAAGGUGAACCCUUCCUUGAAGACCUUGUCGCUCGAUAUCCAUCUCCUCGAUUGCGAAUCGAGUUUCAAGGCGAGCCUGUCACUGUGGAGCGGUUAUACAAGCAUCUUCGAGAAUAUGGAAAAAUCUACGAUAUUGCCCUCCAUCCUAACCCGUUUACCUCUAAAGAACCAGCCCGUUAUGCUAUUGUCCAGUUCACUCGUGUCCGAUCCGCCACAAGUGCUCGCAACUGUCUCCACGGGCAUCUAAUCCAAGGUAACAGACUUAACAUUUUGUAUGAGAGACAACUGCGUACAAAUGUGGUCAAAGAAUGGAUUAUGGAGCAUCCAAGAAUCACAGUACCCAUCCUCGCUGCUAUCAUUGCCGGUAUAACAUAUUCGAUCUUUGAUCCAAUGCGUGAGUUCUUCAUUGCUUCGCGCGUGAUGCAACGCUUCAACCUAGAAGAAUAUGACUUCUAUCGAUGGCUGCGAAGAGAAACAUGGGCUCGACUUGUUGCUGUAGACCGACACAAUGACCAGGCAACCGUGUUCGAAGAAGACACCGAAGAUAUCAAGAAGAUUCAAUCUUGGCUCAAUGAAACUCCUGAGUCGUUUGUUGUUGUUACUGGUCCAAGAGGCUCAGGAAAGACUGGUGUAGUAAGGGCUGCAUUGUCCGAUCGAAAUAACAAAAUUCUCAUCGACUGCGAAGCACUUGCCAAUACCCGCAACCAAUCUGAGAUGAUCGUCGAUUUGGCCAAGCAGCUGGGCUACUUCCCGGUAUUCACCUGGGUCUCCUCCAUGGGAAAGCUCCUAGAUACGGUUAUUGCAGCAUCGACAGGCCAAAGCGCGGGUAUUGCUUCGUCACCAGAAGCUCAAAUCCAAAAAAUUUUGGAAUCAGCAGCUAUCGCACUUCGCGACGUCUCCCCUCAAAGUGACGAAUUCAAGGAGGACGGCAGAAGAAAGAAACGCGGUAUCUACGAUGGCAUCAAAUAUUGGAUUAGCAGAAAGCUCGAAAUGAAAAACGACGAAAAGAGGGAUCCACAUGAUGUGCGUAAAGAUAUUCCAGUCAUUGUCUUUGACAAUUUCAUGCACAGAGAGACCUCUAUGACAGAGCACCUUUGGACCGAGAUUUCCCACUUUGCUAGUCUGCUCAUUGAAAAUGAAGUGGCACACGUUGUGUUUGUCAGCUCGAACGUUUCUGUUAAUAAGAUUCUGAACAAAGCACUGCCUGGACGAAGUUUUGAGACCAUUCAGACUACGGAUGCUUCGCCAGAGAUGUCUCUGUCGUUUAUUGCUCGUCAGCUAGGUACAAAGGAGCUUAACGAAAAACUACACUCGGUUGUCGUUGCGCUGGGUGGCCGACUUACUGAACUGGAGUUACUGGUGCAGAAGUUGAAGAUGAAGAUGGAUCCACUAGAUGCCCUUGAAGAUAUUGUUCAACGCACAGUCGUGGAGAUCCGUAAAUAUGGUUUCAAUGAAACAGCAGAUCUUGAAGAGCACCAAAUGGAGUGGUCUGCAAUUCAGUUUUGGGAGAUCGUUAAAGGGCUAUCCCUAACCAAGAGUGUCAAUUUUGACGAGCUGAAAUUCGGUACCUUCUUCAAAGGCGAUGAGAAGCCUCUCUGGGCAAUGGAGCGCGCAGAACUCAUCACAGUUCUUUACAAAGAUGGACGCGCCAACUCGGUUCGUCCAGGAAAACCAGUGAUGUACACGGCGUUCGACCGACUUGUUUCGGAUAAAGUGUUUGCUGCUACCAUGGAGAUUGAAACAAACCAGUAUCUCAAAAAAUUGGCCGAGGAUAGUAUAUCCAAAUUUGAGGAAACAGUGACAUCGCUAUCCAACAUUUACAACGGAAAGCCACCGAAGGAGAUCAAUAACCGCAUCAACUACCUCCUUAGCAAGAUCGACAAAACGCAGAAGGAUAUUGAAACUUACGAGAGAAGGAUUACAGAAGCGCGCAAUAUGGUCACGGUGGCAUGGGAAGAUUGUACCUCGUCCUGAAAAAGUCGGAAUAAACAAUAAUUUAUUUGCGUUUCUAAUAGACGCAGAAACAAAACGGAUGUUGGAUCCACAAUUCUCCCUUGCUCAAGCCCAAGGAAACAGAAAAUAGAAAAAAAAACAGAUGAAUGAUUUCUCGAACACACCGCCG